AUUGUUUGUGUUUUGGUUUUAAGGGGAAGUUGCGAGAAGAAAGAAAGGAGGAGACGUGACGGGAUCGUUGAAAUAAUUUUUCUUGUUUAUCCCCAACACCAUCUCACCAUAGUGUCCCGGCUUCCGUGCGUAAGAGACUACAGCGGUGGUUUUUAAAGUUCAAAACGUCGUCGGGCUCUCAGCAGAAGUCCUAAUUGUGAGGAUUUACACUCAGGCCACCGGGGGAUCUGACUAGGUCAUGGCCAAUCGGGGAGGAGCUACGAGACCCAAUGGACCCAAUGCAGGCAACAAGAUCUGUCAGUUUAAGCUGGUGCUGUUGGGAGAGUCAGCUGUGGGGAAGUCCAGCUUAGUGCUCCGUUUCGUCAAGGGCCAGUUCCAUGAAUUCCAGGAGAGCACAAUAGGAGCGGCCUUUCUCACCCAGACAGUGUGUCUGGAUGACACAACAGUGAAGUUUGAAAUCUGGGACACUGCAGGUCAGGAGCGUUACCACAGUUUGGCACCCAUGUAUUACAGAGGAGCGCAGGCCGCCAUCGUGGUCUAUGACAUCACAAACGAGGAGUCCUUUGCACGGGCAAAGAACUGGGUGAAGGAGCUUCAAAGACAAGCUAGCCCUAACAUAGUCAUUGCUCUGUCAGGCAACAAGGCUGACUUAGCCAACAAGAGAGCUGUUGACUUCCAGGAUGCCCAGUCCUAUGCAGAUGACAAUAGCUUACUUUUCAUGGAAACGUCAGCCAAGACAUCUAUGAAUGUGAAUGAGAUAUUUAUGGCUAUUGCAAAGAGAUUGCCGAAGAGUGAGCCUCAGGCCGCAGGUGCUAACAGCGGGCGGAACCGAGGAGUGGAUCUGACAGAAGCUGCCCAGCCAUCCAAGGCUCCGUGCUGCAGUAACUAACAUGAAGAACGCCUUCCUCCCAACCAACCUGUAUAGCAGUAACUAAUGCGGCUGAUGUCCCAAAUGCCACUGCAGUUACUAAUGCAAUGUGUUGUACUCUUUUCCUCCAAUUCUCUUAUCUUUAAAACAAGAUAAGAUGGCCUGUGCCCACCCCCUUCUUUUUUGCAGUAGCAAAGUCAUUGCCAUUAUACUGAUCUCUCCACAUGGCUCUGCCUCUUUUCCUCCAUCAUGGUUCUGCUGCUACCUGGUGAAGCCUCCCAACCAGUCUUUCUUACUCUCUUGUCAUCUAGCUUGUUACAUCUAUCAAUGACUAUUGAUAGAUUUAUGAUAGCAGAUACUACAGACAAUAGCGCACCCAGCCUUUCAUCAUCUUCCUUCCAACGUGUUGAUAUGAGUUUCAUUUACAGGAAGUGGUCACUUCCCUUUUGUGGGAUAGCUUAAGACUUAACUACUGCAUUUCUAAUACUAGUCUUCUGCUUUUGUUUUUGAUCAUUUUGUUUGCUAUAAUUUUGUCAAAAUUAUGGAUGCACAUACCUGUAUAUUUACAAGGCCUAAAAUAGAAAAAAGAAAACUGUGUUUAACCUUUUUAUCAGAAGUAGCACAAAAAACAUCUGUUAGAGAAGAAGAGCAUAUUCUUGUAAAUCUGAAAGGCGGGGGCGGAGCGUGGAGCAAGACAAAGAGAGGAACCUUAAGCUCCACCCCUCUUGUCACUGGGACCUUUUUAUCUGAAAGUUUAAAAACAUUUGUCGUGGACUGUAGUCCUUUUAGAUUAUUUCCCUCUGCCUACCAACUGCUACCCAUGUUUUCCCCCACUAAAGUAGCACUAGUGUUCACUCUGUUCAACCACCCUAAGGCUUCAUCCCAGGUCCAUGCCUGCUUCUAGCUGCCCCCAGUGGCAUUGUGCAAUGUUUCACAGUAUUUACUCUGUGACUUAAGUGUCUGCAAGGACCAAUGCAGCACAGCAAAAGUCCUCUACUCCACCUAGUUUUCUGCCCACAACAAUGCGCAGGAGUCCCUGAGGUAUACCCACCAAUGCCACCGCCUCCCCAUCUCCUAAUGCAGUGUCCUUUCAGAAAUCUUGUGUUGACUGUCGCUUUGUGGUUAUACUUCGGUCGCUGCCUUUGGAUGAUUUAUUUUAUGCAAAUUACCUUUUCCAUUGUGUUAGCGUUGCUGGACUGCCGCUGGGUUUGCACUGGGUUAAAAACAAAAGUGAUGGUAGAAAGUGGGGAGUUGCAAUAUGUAAGGUUGCUUCAUAAUCACCUUUUAAAUCAUAAUUAGUAGUCAUCUUCUCUUGAUUAGGAAGUGCUUUAGACACCGUUGUGUGUCAGUGUGUACAAACUAGGCCUGGGCUGGCUGGCUGGUGACAGAUUACAUCCAUAGGCUCACUCACACGUGCCCAUUUAUGUGUGUAUGUUUGAACACGUUUGCAUAUGAACUCACUCACUCACACACACACAUACAUACACACACACACACACACACACACAACUUCUUCCCUCUGUCAUAGAACAUAAGCACACACACACAGUCUGUUACACCUUUCUUCCUCACUUAUGUUGUGCACGCACACAUACACACACACACACACACACACACACACAGUACAUCUGGUCAAUAACUCUUUUUACAGAUCUGUCUUACUCAUGCCUUGCACUAAUGAUGCUCAUGAAUAUAUCUUGUCAUAAUUACAGCCAGUGUGAUAUAAAUAUAUAUAUAUAUAAAUAUAAAUAUAUAAAUAAUAUACUGUAAAUAGGGUGUUGCAGUGUAGUCUACCUUUUUUCAAUUUACCAGUGACAGGACUAAUGCUUGCUAGAGCGUUGUCUAGAUAAUCAGAAAAAAAACUGUACAGUUAGCAGAUAAAAAGCUACAAUCUGGGUUUGGAGUUUUGUUGCUGUUCCUUUUUUUCACACAAAUGGUUAAAUUAUAAUCAGUGGUGGUCUUUAUAAAUGUAUGUAGUGUUAUUAACAAAAGAAAUGAAAUUGCAUUUAUUUAGUGGUCUGUCUUGUACCUUUUUCUCAACAGGAAAAAAAUAAUAUCCAAACAUUUUGGUUUUUAUUUUUUAACACCUUUGUUGCAUCUCACUAAUUAUUUUUUUUUUAGUGGCAUCAGAUGAUGAUGCUUUUUUUUGUCCAGGGCUGCUUCCUGUAAGUAGACCUGAACUUCCAGAGACAUUGGUCGUAAAAGCUCCAGAGGACACAGAGAGAAUGCAGAGCAGUCUGAUUAACCAAUUGUCUGCCUCUCCAUAACAUCUCAGUAACAUUGUGAUGAUAUUGUAGGAACAGUGUAACAACUAUCAGCUGGCACGAUGGUGAUUCAACAAUAAAUGAAUUAACACAUAAUAGGGAUGUAAAUUGUAUGUUUUUUGGGUUUUUUUGCGGUGAACACUUAAUUGCAGCUGAAAACAUUUAAAUGCAAGCAUUUUACAGUACUGUUAUGUAAUGACCAAAUAAAUAUCGAAAUACAUUUUAUCAUUUAUUA